AUGUACCUAAGCAAUGGUGGUCCUUUGUAUCAUGCCGCGUUGGCGCUCUCGGCCCUCCACCGGAACAAAGUCCAGAUUUCUCGCCGGCAAGACUACCUGCGCAAUCAAGAGGCCUUCGAGUACCACUCAAAGGCCCUAAGAGAACUCUGUGAGCUUUCGCAGAGGACCGAGACAGAGGCUCUCCUUAACGACAAGUCCCAGCUUGCGGAAUUUGCAGCUUCCAGCCUUAUGCUGAUAAGUUUCGAGGUAUUCAAUGGCGCAGAAUAUGAUUGGCUCCCCCAUCUUGACGCCGUCACCACUCUUCUGAAUACACUUUCACCAGAAGUCCUGCUUCAAGAUUCUACUUCUCCCAAUCGCACAUACACUUCCAAUGGCAGUGAUGAAUACGCCUAUAACGUGUUUCAAUCACAGCCCGACUUUGACUUUCUCAUAGUCCAUGCGAUAUGGUUCGACAUUCUGUCGUGCGUCUCCACGGGUCGAGUUCCGCGGAUUGCCUACCGACAGUGGCUUGAAACAUCGAACCUUGACAUGGCGGAUCUCAUGGGGUGCUACAACUGGGUCAUGAUCUCCAUCGGUGAUUUAGCACACCUGCAGGCGUGGAAGAGCAGGAUGAAGGAACAGGGAACAUUGAGUGUACCAGAUCUGGUAACGAGGAGCCGGGAGGUUGAAACACGGUUAGAGGACGGCGUUGAAAAGCUAGAAUCGAUCAUCGAGGUGGGUUUCGAAUUGCAUUAG